CCUUGCGGGCAACGCCGCACAGAAGCAAAAGGAUGCCAGACCGAGAAGCCUAAAUGGAUGCCCGGAACCAGGCAUAAAUUUAAUACAGAGUGAUCCAGACAGACGGAUCUGAUGAAGAUCAGGUUGCCCCAUUCUGCCUCUCAGCCUGCCCAAUGAAAGCAUUUGGCACCGCAAGGAGCGCCUCGUAGAGAAAGGAAGAAUGCGGCAGGGAAGCUGAGCAGAUCCCUUUGACACCGCCGGCAACACGGAUGCAACCGUACUUAAGAACCCGUUAACCUUUCUGUGACACCCCAGUCCCCUCCACGGAGCACGAUGGGUACCACCGAAGCCACACUCCGUAUGGAAAACGUGGACGUAAAGGAAGAAUGGCAAGAUGAAGACUUCCCAAGGCCUCUCCCUGAAGUGGCAGGAAUGGAGUCUUUGGGCGGCCCAAAUGAGAACACAUUGUCACCUCCAAACACCUUAAAUUUUAGUAACGGGGCACAUCAUAAGCGGAAGACCCUCGUUGCCCCGGAAAUCAACAUUUCUCUGGAUCAGAGCGAAGGGUCCCUCUUGUCUGAUGAUUUCCUGGACACACCUGAUGACCUAGAUAUUAAUGUUGAUGACAUCGAAACUCCAGAUGAGACAGACUCCCUUGAGUUCCUAGGCAAUGGAAAUGAACUGGAGUGGGAAGAUGACACUCCUGUGGCCACCGCCAAAAACAUGCCCGGAGACAGUGCGGACUUGUUUGGGGAUGGAGCCACUGAAGACGGCAGUGCCACCAACGGCCGCAUGUGGAGGACAGUCAUCAUUGGCGAACAGGAGCAUCGAAUAGAUCUGCAGAUGAUCAAACCAUACAUGAGAGUCGUGACACACGGAGGCUAUUAUGGAGAAGGCCUUAAUGCAAUCAUUGUCUUUGCCGCCUGUUAUCUGCCCGACAGCAGCCUGCCCGAUUAUCAUUACAUUAUGGAGAAUCUCUUCUUAUAUGUGAUCAGUAGUCUGGAACUCCUGGUAGCUGAGGACUAUAUGAUCGUGUAUUUGAAUGGUGCGACACCACGCCGAAGAAUGCCUGGGAUUGGCUGGCUGAAAAAAUGCUAUCAGAUGAUUGACAGAAGAUUACGGAAGAACCUGAAAGCAUUGAUAAUCGUUCACCCUUCUUGGUUCAUUCGGACAGUGCUGGCUAUUUCAAGGCCGUUUAUCAGCGUGAAGUUUAUCAGCAAGAUCCAGUACGUUCACACGCUGGAGGAACUAGAACACAUUAUCCCCAUGGAACAUGUCCAGAUUCCAGUUUGUGUCCUACAGUUUGAAGAAGAGAGGAACAGAGCCAGAAAAGAAAGGGCAGAAGAGAAACAGGACAUGGCUGAGAGAGAGAGGCCUAUGCUGCCAGCAGAGGAUCAGGAAACAAGCAUGUCAUGAAUAAAGGGGACAGAGUUUAAAGGCCGGCUCAGCUUGGUUUAUUCUCCACUGUAAAAUGACCUUCUCGGUGUUAAGACUUCGUGACCAUCUCAUUCUCAAUCUCGUUAAGAUCCAGAAAAGCCUGUCUCUCCCACCUCCAAGGCACCAAGUCAGCUUAAAGGAAGAAAGGGAGAGAAAGCCAGAAGACAUCCUGUUGCACAAUACAGUCCGCAAACAAAUAGCACUUUCCAAGAAAGGCUUCUGAGCUCUGAAGGUUUCACAUCUAUUGCAGAGAGGUUCUGUGGCACGGCUACAUAUUUUUAAAA